AUGACUGAAUACGUCAAUGCGAUCCCUUCCCUGGGGACGGACUUUGAAAGUCUUUCAUCAGAAGAAACCCCCACAGAAAGUUGUUCCUCUGAGGAGUUUACCGACUGUAAUGAUUAUGAAGCAGUCACUGACUCAUUUAAUUUACUAAGUUUGAAUAGCUCCACGUCCAGUUUCUCGGGAAUCUCGACUCCCAGUUCGCCCAUCGAAAGCGAAGGAAGUUAUGUAUUUGCCAGUGCUAGCCUGGUAUCGAACGACCGCACCAUGCCAAUUGUGGAUGCGGACCAUUCAGCCUAUGAUUCUGAUAAUGUUAGUACUGAAAGUGAAGAGCUGGAUACCGGGGCUGAAGAUGUAGAUACUGAGAAUGAACUGGAAAGUGCAGAACCCAAACAACCUGAAUUGGUCCACGAUGAAGACGAUGCCGCUGGUGAUUCCGAUGAAGAAGAUGGUUUGAGAGUGGUUUAUGAAAACGAUCGUUUUCGAAUCAAGUCCAAUAACCGUGCCGACAUUUUGGCAAGAACCAUUGCUUAUCGGGAUGCCCAUUGCCGAUUUAAUUCCACUGAGUACCAUUUAAUUGAUUUUCUCAUUAAAAACGACUCAAUAUUGAAUAGUAAGCGGAGUAUGCUUCUAUUGAUAAGAUUGGCCAUUCUGUGUGCCCAGGGAGGCAGAAGAAGAUUCAAUGAUACAUCGGGACAGUAUUUCAAUCGGAUCAGAUCCACAUUUAUCGGAAUAGUCGGUACAUCCGAACAUUUGAAUGUGAAUCUAUUCUGUUUAAUGGGAGCUUACAUUUUGCGAAGCUUUAGUGUAUCUUCUGAUAUGAUGGACUCCUUUUGGAGCAUGGACGGGGUUACUGAAAUCAGAAAUAUGUAUCGGAAAACAAGAAGGCAAAUUGGUGGCAAUCAUAUUUGGGAACCCAAUAGAAAACAAGGCACGAUCUCCUAUGUAAAGUGGGAAAUCUUAAGACAGAAAUCCAAAACAUUUAAGUAUGAUGAAGAUUUUGGCUUGCUCAUUAUGAAUAUGAUUGGUCUUGACUUAUGCCUUGACUAG